CCCGCCCGUCAGUCGGCGGCGGCGGCGAAGAUGGCGAAGACCUACGACUACCUCUUCAAGCUGCUGCUGAUCGGCGACUCGGGCGUGGGCAAGACCUGCCUGCUCUUCCGCUUCAGCGAGGACGCCUUCAACACCACCUUCAUCUCCACCAUCGGAAUUGACUUUAAAAUCAGAACAAUAGAACUAGAUGGGAAGAAAAUCAAGCUGCAAAUAUGGGACACCGCAGGCCAGGAGAGAUUCCGCACCAUCACAACAGCCUAUUACAGAGGGGCCAUGGGGAUAAUGCUGGUUUAUGAUAUCACCAAUGAAAAGUCUUUUGACAAUAUUAAAAACUGGAUCAGGAACAUAGAAGAGCACGCUUCUUCGGAUGUGGAAAGGAUGAUCCUGGGCAACAAAUCUGACAUGAAUGAGAAAAGGCAAGUUUCGAAGGAAAAAGGAGAAAAGUUAGCAAUUGACUAUGGCAUCAAAUUUCUGGAAACCAGUGCAAAGUCCAGCAUCAACGUGGAAGAGGCUUUCUUCACCCUUGCACGGGACAUUAUGACAAAGCUCAACAAAAAAAUGAACGACAACAUUUCGGCAGGUGCGAGCGGGCCCGUGAAGAUCACAGAGAACCGGUCGAAGAAGAGCAGCUUCUUUCGAUGCUCGCUGCUUUGAUGAACUUCUCAUAAGAGACUGCAGCAUACCUAGAACAAAAAAAAUACCUUUUCCUGCUUCUCUGAAAGCACAGGCUCCCCCAGCCUCAGAGCUGUUACCGCCCGGCUGCUGCUGAGGGCUCUGCUUGGACCUAGAACGGGCUAAACCGAGAGAAUGGAUGGGACUCCCUCUCCGUUGGCCGCCAUCGCCAGCCUCCCCACUCCGAGACAUGGAAGCUGUGAAGUUGAGAGACUCCCACCUGCCGGAGCUCCGUUUCCUUCCUUCCUUCCUUGUUUUCUUUCUUUCCUUUUUCUUUCAUUCUUUCUUUCACUGCCUGCUUCAAAAACUGCUGAGUAUUUCCUUUGCACAUCUCUGUUAGUCCUUGGUUGAAAGUUAGGACCGGGUCGUUAGAGGCACAGGGUACUGGGUUGGUGUACUGGCAGGCUUGGUCCGUUUCUUUUUUUCCUUUUCAGUGACCACAAACCUCUUUGUUUGUCAAGGGACAGCUGGGGCCUCUAGGGCUGGGCUGGGCUGGGCUGGGCUGGGCUGGGCUGGGGGGCUCUGCUAUCUGAGACAGCAGCCCACCCGCCUGCCCUCCUUUGUGUGCAGAUGUUAACCUGCAGUCCAGAAGGGAGGCUGGCUGGAAGACCCCCGGGCUCCAUGGCCUUGGAAGGGGAACUGCUACUGGUGGGAAACAGGGGCACACAUAGGGCGGGUGCAUGUUCUGGAUCUUUUUCCUCCAGGGAUGCCAAUAAACAAUGCCACCAUAACGUCGGCGUGGAAAACCCAAACCACCUAAAAGCUCCUUUGGGGCUCGGAUGGUUUAACAAAGACACAACUCCGUGUAGGUCAAGCUGAGUUUGCUGGUCUGACGGCAGCAUGUCCCCUUUCUGGGUCCUGAAUGUCCCCCUCGCCCUUCACUACAUUCCCCUCGUUCCUUAAUCUGGCUCUGCUAAGGCUUGGGGUCUGUUUCUUGGGGCAUCCGGUUGAACCCAGGACCCGGGUUUCCUCCCUUCAUUAAGGGGGGAGAGCAACCUGGGCCCCGGUCAGAAGGAAGCGAGGACUCACUGAGGAACUUUUCUUGGGUCUCCAAGACACCCAUCUGUGAAUCAGCCAUCACUGAAGCUGAGCUGCCCUUUCCUUUCCAGGCAACCGGCCGCCUCCACACGGGUGCUUUACUUUUAUUGACGUGCCAAACCAACACUCUGCGCGGGGAGACUCCUGGCCUCACCGCCUGCCUCCCCUGGGAAGCGCCGCCUUCCCGCCAGUCCACUCUCUUCACCUGACAGUAUUUCACUCCUGAGUCUUAUUCGGGGACACCUGGUGCAGGUGAGCCAUCUUGGCAGGUCGUGCCAUCUUCAGCUCCACCGCCAGGCCCUUCAGCAACGGCUGCAAUGCCCUUGCGUGAUUCAGCACAUGGGCAGAGUUGGCCUGAUCUCCACGUCAACCCAAGGGGUGCAAAGUGCUUUCUUUGAGGGAGGGCACCCACAGGGCAUGCCCCCCCCAAGUCCCUCCUGAUUGUAGACCCCUUCGGCACUGUCGUGAAACCCAGACAGUCAUGCCCGUUGCGUCUUUCCUUCCCUCGGCUUUUCUCUUGGUCUCCUUUUCUUCCAUAUCUCGGGUUCUGCCAACCAACGCUUUGUCUCUGAGAAGGUUCCCUCGGGAGAGCCUGCAACUAGUCGAAACGUUAUAAAGUGCUUUUUGAAGCAGCAGCAUAUUGGGGUAUCUACUCUGUUUUAUUAAAAAAAUGCUAUUUUCUUACUUCUAGCUGUGCUACAGUGUACAUAAUUUGAGUAAGACCAUAGGAAAUCCACUUUAAGCUUGGUGUUGUAAAGUUAACACACGAUUAACUUACCUUUAUAAUGUUAAAAGUUUAGGUUUUGUUCCUGUCGGUUGUUUAACGACAGAAUUAUUUCUUCCCUGCUGGAUUUUUUUUUUAAGAGGCCGUCCCCUGAAAACAGCCUUAGUCUUCAGGAACAAGGAUGGCCUCUGCAGCCACAGGACGGCCAGGGCGCCUGCUGAAUUUUCUUCCCCGUGGGUUCACGGUAGGGAAGGCUUGUCGAGAGAGACCUGUUGCCUCUCGUCCUCCAGUCUGGGUGCUCCAGAUGUGCUGGGCUGCUCUUCCCGUCACUCAAGGUUGGCUGCAGCAAAGCACAUCUGAUGGGUGGCCAGUUGGAAAAAGGCCACGGAGUAGAGUGACCGGUUGCAAAGGCUCUGGCCCGGCGGUCAACAAUGGGUUGGGGUCAGUCUCCUCUCCUUCGCUUGAGCAGAGCAGGCCGCUUGCAAAGCAGGGGCCCUCAGAAGUCAAACCUCCUUAGUUUUGAGCACUGAAGCCCACCCCGGAGUGGCUCCCUGCCUGUUGGGCCGGGGUCUGGACUUCUGGCCCGUCUUCGAGGGGAGGGAGGCCCUUCGACCUUGCUCCUCGUAAGAUCCAAAUAUGACUUUCCCUCCCCCUGUUCCUGGCUUCCUGCCCCUGUCCUUUCAUUGCCCCCUUCUUCUCCCCCAUUUUAAGGGUUUUUAAGUACUACCUGCCCGGUUCCACCUUCAGGCUCCUGUGCUGCAUGUGAGAUCAGAAAAAGAAACCUCUGUAUAGUACUUGUAUAAUACUUGCCAGCUUUUUUUUAAUAAAUGGGGUAUGUACAUGUACCAAGUGCUUUCACCAUGUCUUAUUUUCAGAUGUGAAAGAAUAAAAUCCAUUACGAUGGGUA